CCAAAAACCCUUUACGGGCGCCCGCCCCCCCUCCCUUCCAGCGGAUGGCCAGACUUAGAGAGAAGGCGGCGAGAGUCUCCUAAGCUCCAGAAGCGGAGCUCGCUAUUCACCAACGCGGUUUGCGCCGCCGCCGUGACGUCAAUGCCAUAGGGCGCCCGUGGGCUGUACGCCGCUGGCGCAAAGGCGUUGCUCUUUGCCUGCUGGGGAGGAGAGGGACAGAAAGAGGCUUAAAGAGACAACAGCGAGCCAUGGAGGGGCUGGGGGGGAAGAGAUCUUUGGCUCCCCACCCUUGAACAGCCUGGACGGGGGAAAAGAAGCUCAGCUUGGAAACAAAGAGUCGCCCUGGAAAGUUUGCUUUUGCGCCAUGUCGUCUUCAUCAAGGAGCAUCCGACGGGAGGUGCUGCUGACUGGAGUCCUGGCGGACCAGGCCAGAGGACAGCCGUUCCACUAGCCUAGCACAUGUGGGUGGAGACGUCUCCCCUCACACCCUCCCCUCCUACAUCUCCGGCAUCCGCCAUGGUUUAUUAACCAAGAAGAGCCCUGCUUUUUUAACUCCUCCUCCGUCUUUUCUCCCCUUCCCCUUCCCCUCCCCUGACCCCCCUCCCAGCCACUCCUCAAGUUUUGGCCGUCUUGGGAUUUGUAUGGCAGCGGUGUAACCGUGGAGAGGCCAGGGUAUCACAAACUUAUGGAUUUUGAUAAGAGAGGAGGGAAAGGGGAAAACGAGGAGAGUAGAAGAAUGUCUAAAACGGGUGGAAGCCGCAGCACUCAUGGGAGCCGAACAGCAGGGACCAACUCCGGAGUCUUAAUGGUAGGGCCGAAUUUUCGCGUUGGGAAGAAGAUCGGAUGCGGCAACUUUGGGGAACUUCGGCUAGGGAAGAACCUCUACACAAAUGAAUAUGUAGCAAUCAAGUUGGAACCUAUCAAAUCCAGAGCUCCUCAGCUGCAUUUGGAAUACCGAUUCUAUAAACAGCUUGGCAAUUCAGAAGGAAUCCCUCAGGUCUACUACUUUGGGCCAUGUGGAAAGUACAACGCCAUGGUCUUGGAGCUGCUGGGCCCAAGCCUAGAAGACCUCUUUGACUUGUGUGACCGGACAUUCACUCUCAAGACCGUUCUUAUGAUUGCCAUCCAACUGAUUACACGGAUGGAGUACGUUCACACCAAAAGCUUGAUCUACAGAGACGUAAAGCCAGAAAACUUCCUGGUGGGAAGGCCCGGAAGCAAGCGCCAGCACACCAUCCACAUAAUUGACUUUGGCCUGGCCAAAGAGUACAUUGACCCAGAGACCAAAAAGCAUAUCCCCUACCGAGAGCACAAGAGUCUGACGGGGACGGCGCGGUACAUGAGCAUCAAUACUCACCUGGGGAAAGAACAAAGCCGAAGAGAUGACCUGGAAGCCCUUGGUCACAUGUUCAUGUACUUCCUCCGGGGGAGUCUGCCCUGGCAAGGCCUCAAGGCGGACACCUUAAAAGAGCGAUACCAGAAGAUUGGUGAUACCAAGAGAGCCACGCCUGUUGAAGUGCUGUGUGAAAACUUCCCUGAGGAGAUGGCCACAUAUCUCCGCUAUGUGCGGCGUCUGGACUUCUUUGAAAAGCCAGAUUAUGACUAUCUACGGAAACUUUUCACUGACCUGUUUGACCGGAAUGGCUACGUCUUUGAUUAUGAAUACGACUGGGCUGGGAAACCUUUACCAACCCCUAUUGGCACAAUCCAGAGUGACGUACAGAUCCAGCCUCCAAACAGGGAGAAAGCACAGCAGUACAUCAAACAGCAGCAGUCACCCGAGGGGACGGAGUUAUGGGAUCCCCAGGCUGGCCAGCAGCCUGCUGAGGACACUCUAGGAGCCCCCUUGGCAGCCAGCAGGCUUGGGGGUUCCGUUCAGGUCAUGAGUUCUACCAAUGGGGAGUUGAACACGGAUGACCCCACUGCCGGCCACUCAAACGCCCCCAUCACCGCACCUGCCGAGGUUGAGGUGGCAGACGACACAAAGUGCUGCUGUUUCUUUAAGAGGAGGAAGAGGAAAACUAUCCAGCGCCACAAGUGAAAUAUUCCUGUUAGUCGAAGCCAGGAUUCUACUGGGACUGCGUUUCCCCCACCCUCCUUUGACUUCCUGGCUGAGGAUAAUGGAUCUUGGAUGGAAUAGGGAGGGGGCACUGUUUUCCCCCAGCUGCUCUCCCACUCCAGUUUUAUUGGUGGGUAGGGACACAGGCGGCUGUCCUAGCAGGCACAUGGGGGUAGGGGCUUCCCCCAUCCAUUUUUUUUUCUUUUCCCUUCUUCCCAGGAGAUGCAAAUGGAGGGGUGGGGCAGGCACUGGCAGAAAAAGUAGUUGGACUUCUUGCUCAAGUAUCCUCUCCUCUUCCUCCUGGUCCACAGAGAGAGAGAGAGAGAGAGAGAGAGAAACAGCAUUAAUAUUUAUGCAGCAGUUCUCCUUUCCUUCCAUUUGUCGGUUUAUUUGUCCUCCACCUCCUCUUUGGAGCUCCUCAAAUAGCUUUUGGAACAAAACAAAACAAAACAGAAAAUGGGAAUCAAUUCUACUUGUUUACCUUUAGAAGAAGCAAAGUGAUGAUUCUGAGAACAGCCCUGCACGUAUUUCUUCUUCUUCUCUGUUGUUUGCUUCAGUCUCUCUUAAGUUAAUUUAAAAAUGGCGUUUUUGGCCUUCAUGCCGCAGCAUCUCCCCCACCCCUACGCCUUUCCUGUCGUGGCGAUGCAAAUGGGUUUGCUUAAUUUUUUUUUUUUUUUGGGUUCUGCUUUGAGUUUUAAGGAUGUCCCCCCCCACACACCAAUGUCUCCCUGGUUUCCUUUUUUUCUUUCUUUCCCCAGUUUAUUUUCCCCAGCCCUGCCAAAUUUCCCUUUGGUGACAUCCUUUAGGGAAGCUUUGUCCCCCCAUAUCCCAAAUAACAGGAGAGGCAAAAAUAAAUGUAUCGUGCAGAGGGGAGGGAGGCUGGGGAAUUAAUUUACACACUUCCUCAUUUCUCAGUGCACUUUUUUUUGUAGCAAUACCAGCAACAUCUGUGUCUUGAAAAACGAUCCAAUUUUAGAUAUUUUUUUAAAACAAAUGUUAAUUAAGUUCUACCCACUCCCAGGUGGGAGAGAAUUAAGGGCAAAAGUCUUGGAUCUCAGGAACGGCAGCCUGCCAAACAUAAACCCCAAAGCCAACGUCCAUUGUUAAAAGAGAAACGUGGAGAUGAAGGGGACCUUUUCAUGACCAAAGUGAAACCUACAUGGACAGGAUCACUAGGUGAGAUCGUUCCAUUACGGUGGCCCUCGCAGCACCUGGGUACUUGCCAAUUUCAUUUGAAAUUAAAUAGGUGGCAGCAAACUUCUAUUUGGGUGGAGAGAAGGAGCCCCACUGACAAAGCGUUGUGCAAGGACAAUCCACUCGUUGUUUUGGUCUGUUCUUUCUCUAAAACCCAACAGCCGCCUGCAUUCCCAGCUUCCCGGUUGGGUGAUGGCUUGGAAUCGGCUCCUGCAGAACCACCGACAUGACUGUUAUUAGUACGGAAAUGGAGCAAAAGGCUUUGCAGGCCUGUUACGAAAAACAUCCAAGCCAAGCCAAAAAUCUACCUUGCCAGGGAAGAGAUGGCUUUAGAAUAAGGCCUGCGUCUCGCUUUCAUGCUUUUUAUCCCUUCGUAUUCCAUCACUAGCUUACAUGGUCUACCCCGGCCUUAGACAAAAGUUGUGCCUGGGUACGCUGCGGCCCGUAAGCCUGGAUUGAACGCACACGCUUCUCCCUUCCGGUUGACCAAGUCAAAACAAAACAGCUGGUCUGCGGCCAUCAAAGCUACCACCUGUCCGAGCUGCUUCAGCGUUGUGACAAUAGCAGUGCGGCUUCGUUACUUCUUUAGAUAUAUUUUUAUACCAAGGGAUAAGACAAUUGGCCCCGCGUUGCUCCAAAAUAUUUUGUCUUUUCACUCCGUGUGGUAAUGACUUGGCACUUGGAAUGUCGGGAUGUGGC